AUGGGAGAGGAGGAAGUGAGCGAUGACGACGAGCAGGAAACGGCAGCAGCAGCACAGCGAGAGCAAGGGCAGCGUGAGGACAAGAGCAGUGCUCCGGGACCGACAGAGGGCAGCAACACUGCACCGGACGAACUGCUGAGCGAAGGCCGGCGAAACGCGACGCUGCAUGGCCGUCGGAUGUGUGCUCCCGGAAGACGUGCUAGCGUGCCCUUGAACCUGGCGGAGCGCAAGCUGCGGCGCAAACUGAGCACAUUUGGGAGAGAUGGGUAUGAUGCGCCGCAUUACGUACGUACUUGGUCGAGUACCUGA